GUCAGCGCCUCUUGGCAGCUCCAUUUGCCCCCCUUCCUAAGUACAUUUUCCAAUCCAGGGAUGGGUUAGAAACUUGCUGCUCCCAGCACCUACAGCCACACCUUUGGAUGCUGACCACAAGAACAACCAGGUACCAACUGUCUCUGGAGCUGGGCCUUGUAGUUGCACUGAGGAGAUCAGGAGUUUCCAGGAAGCCCCUGGCUCAAUCUGGAUGUGAGAAAGAAAUGUGUGGUGAUGUGGAGAAGAUGGUGGGCUCUCCUGGCUAUUAUGCUGGCUUCCUCCUUCCUGUCCUCCUUCUCCAGAUGUCUACAUGGUACUCAACAGUGUCCGGGUUUUCUGUAAAGGGACCGGUUGAGCCAAUCGUGGUUCUGCUAGGGGCAGAUGCCACUCUGCCUUGCCAGCUGUCCCCUGAGCAGAGUGCAACCCACAUGCACAUCCGGUGGUACCGAGCCCAACUCUCCCCUGCUGUGCUUGUGUACCAGAAUGAACAGGAACAAAGUGGGGAGCAAAUGCUGGAAUACCGUGGCAGGACAGAGUUGGUGAGGGACUCCAUCAGCAAAGGGGGUGUGGCCCUGCUGAUCCAACAUGUCCGUGCUUCUGAUCAUGGCCAGUACCGGUGUCAUUUUAAAGAUGGUCACAGUUCCCAAGAAGCCGUUGUGGAGCUGCAUGUUAUAGGGUUGGGCUCUGUGCCUCGUGUUCACAUGAUGGGGCCCGUGGAUGGUGGGAUACAAGUACUGUGCUCUGCAGAAGGCUGGUUCCCAAAACCCAGGGUACAGUGGAGUGACAUGAUGGGUGUGAAGCUACAGUCUCUCACUGAGUCUCACACCCAAGAUGAAGAUGGGCUCUUCCAUGUGGAAGCAUCUCUUGUGGUCACAGACAGCUCUCUGGGCAAUGUGACCUGUUCCAUCCAGAAUCCCCUCUCUGGUCAGGAGAAAGUGUCAGCCAUCUUCCUCCCAGAGCCCUUCUUCCCCAGGAUGUCUUCAUGGAAGGCAGCCCUGGUUGGGACAGUCCCUACACUGGUGCUCCUCCUCACUGGGAUCAGCUACAUUGGCUGGAGAGAACACCAAGCCAAAGAAAGAGAAGUAAAGAAAAGGAAGAAAGAAUCUCAGGAAAGAGAUCAGAUGGAGAAUGAAAAGGAAUUGGCACUUAAGGCGAAAGAGAACCUCAAAAAAGAACUUGAACAGCGAAAGUCACUAUACCAUGAAGUUUGGAAGAAGGCCCUGCUGUAUCCUGACUGGAGGAAGGAACAGUUCCAGCCUGCCACUGUGACUGUAAAUCAGGAAAUCUUUCAUCAGAAUAAUUCUGACCCAGAGAGAAAAGAGAACUUCAAAGAGGAAACACACGAUCUGUCUCUCAGGGAUAAGCAAGGAGACUGCAACCUUAUCACACUGAAUCAGCAAGACUUCACCUCAGGAAAACAUUACUGGGAAGUGGAUGUUAAGGACGCUGAUGAGUGGACUCUAGGCAUUUAUGAGAAUCCCACAGACAGCAGGGAGUUAUCCAAAGAUCUACAAAACAAGAAAUUCAGAGUCUUAGAGAAGAAAGGAUGUGAAUACAGGGCUCUCACCUAUUGCCUCCAAAACAUUUCUCUGCAAGAGUGUCUCUUGAUAAAAAAGUGUCCACAAAAGAUUGUGAUUUUUUUGGAUUAUGAGGAUAAUGACAUUUCUUUCUAUGACAUGACUGAGGGUACCCACAUCUUCUCCUUCACCCAGGCAACUUUCUCUGGGUCACUCUAUCCUUACUUCAACCUUAAAUCCAUGAAGCUCUCCUUAUAGGUGUAAUAUUAAGUGACUUAGAGGAAGAACCCAUACUGUGAGGAUAAUAGCCCAUUCUCUGUAAACUCUAGAUUGCUAGGGUGUUUUUUUUUAAGUUUGUUUAUUUAUUUUGAGAGAGAGAAAGAGAGUGGGGGAGGGGGAUAGAGGGAGGG